AUGGAACAACCAUGUGGGACGUUCUGUCAAACGUUUGCUGAUUCUUGGUAUUGCGAUGUCUUUUCUAAAGAAACAGAAGCCCUAACAAAAGUCUUGCAGAAUUCGUACGCAAAUCCAUCGACUGAGAAUAAUUCCAGUCAUGAAAUUUCGACGGAUACGGUUGAGUCUUUUCUUGUUAGUCCCGAAUUGACGCCUGUGCAGACACCCACUGCGGCGAGAGGUUUAGGAAGUGGAGUUCCGGUUUCGAAAAUCCGGAUUGACGCGCCGACGGGGAAGAUAACUAAGCGAAAGUCGCGUGCCUCUAAGCGGGCUGCGGCUACGACGUUCAUCACGGCAGAUCCGGCGAAUUUCCGACAGAUGGUGCAGCAGGUGACGGGGGUGAGAUUCGGCGGUUUGAAGGCUCAGUUUGCGGCGGCGCAAUUGGUGAAGCCGGAGCCUCAAAGAGCUACGAGUCACAUGCAGGGUGGUGGAUGCUUGCCAACUCUUGACACCUCAGCUUUUUUGCUGGACCAAGUGGGGUCCACUUCAUCUCUAUCUGUUGAGCUACCGGCCUCUAAUGUUCCUCCGUCGCCGCCCGUAUCGGUGGCUGACCGUGGCGGCGGCGGCUUUGAAUUUGAGUCAUAUUCCUAUUGUAGCUUUCCAACUCUCGAGUCGUGGAAAGCUGUGUAA